AUGAAUUCAACAACUCCCAAAUCAAGCGGAAUCAAUUACGCAAAAUUAAGAAAGCAAAGAUCUAACUAAGACACUUUACCAAAAUCAAUGUCAACCAAUAUAAAAAUGAAUAUUAAUUAGACUUAAUAAUUUGGGGGCAUCAAGCAUAGAAGCACUUCUUAGCAUAAUAUAAAUGAAAUGGCAUAAAUAGAGUUAUUUGAUUAAUGUUUAGAGAAAUAAGCAAAUAAAAAUGAGUUUUUAGUUUUCCUUGAUCGACAGAUGCAAUACUUUAGUCAAAACACUCCUCAAAAUUAUUCAUCUUUUCGAGUUACUAAUAAGGCAGUUCAGGAAGAGAAGAAAAAAUUAUAAGUGGAACUCCAAAAAUAUAAUUAAGAAAAUGCCUUCUUGAUAAAGGAAAUAAAGGAUUUAAAUAAAACUAAGCAAAUGCUUGUAAAGAGAUAUGAUGCUUUACAGAGUUUAAUUUUAAAAGACCGAUUAAACAACUAGCAAAAAGUUCGUUAAAUCACCAAUCCAAAAUUUCAGCAUCUGUUCAAUCAAAUUUCACCAGUUUAAGAGACAAUAUCUUCCUUGACAGAUGAGAGAUUUGAGAGUAACACGACAUCACUAGAUUCUUCUUUAUCCUAUGAGGAUGAUCAAUCAUCUGCAUCUUAAUUGCUAGAUUUAUUAUAGAAAAAUUCUAAACAUAGAUUUAAUUUUCAAAAGCAAAUGGUAUGA